AUGGACGCACGGGAUGUGUUUGGCGUAACGCCACCUUCGCCUAAGCGCCCCAAGAUCGAGGAAACGCCGCCGCCCGCGGACAGCAACGUGCCGGACCGCCUCAGCGACCUCCCGGAGGGCCUACUCCACCACCUGCUAUCGCUCCUGCCGGCGCACGAAGCCGUGCGCACGUGCGUCCUCGCCCGGCGCUGGCGCCACCUCUGGAUGUCUGCGCCAGGCCUUCUCGUCAUCGUCCCCAAGGAGUUCCAGAGCACUGGUAGGUUCGAGCACUUUGUCAACCGCUUGCUGCUCCUGCGCGGUGCCGCGCCUCUCGAGUCGUGCCAGUUCUCCCUCUGCCGGCUCUACUACGAUUCCAAAUUCACCUUAAACGCGUUCUUCACUGCCAUCGCGCCGCACUUGGGCGGCUGGAUUCUGACUGCUCUGGAGCGCCAGGUCAAGGUGCUCCGGGUCUAUAUAGGGGACUUCGACUUGCAUCUUCCACCCCAGCCUCUCUCGUCGCUCCACCUCACCACGCUGGACCUUGACAAUGUGAUUACCAAGGACAGCUUCCUUGAUUUUUCGGGCUGCCCGGCGCUCCUGAAUCUUACGAUGGCCUGUUGUGAUGCUCGUGCUCGCAGGAUAUCGUCUCAAUCCUUGAAACACCUGAGCAUGACAAACUGCGCCUUAUAUUGGGAGGAACGCACCCGGAUGUCUUUACCCAGUCUCGUCUCGCUCGAGCUAAUUCAUCAUUUGGGCAGGGCUCCAUUGCUCGAGAGCAUGCCGGCGCUGCAAACGGCAACGCUUACAUUUGGUAACAGCUGCCGCGACAGUUGUAUUCGUCGUAGGGGUCGGUUUGACGCUUGUGGCAGUCCUAUAUGCGAGGGUUGUUAUCAUUACUACAACCAUGAACCUGUUGAUGAUCACAACGAUUCUUUGCUUCUGAAUGGUUUGUCCGAAGCUUCACAGUUGAUCUUGGAAGCGGCUCCUGACAUGUAUGUUUUCAUGAGGGACUUAAAGUGGUGCCCGACAUUUACCAAGUUAAAGACUCUCGUACUCGGCGAAUGGUGUCUCGCUGCUGAUCUUGAUGCAUUAAUUCUAUUUCUCCGGCACUCACCGAUUCUGGAGAAACUUACUCUUCAUGUGCCGCCGCUAGAGGAGGUACGCAAAAAUUCAAUGGAGGUAGAAAAAAUCUACAAUCCAUUGGAACAGUUAGUUGCUUCUAGCCUUCUUCAGAUGGUUACAAUAAAAUGCCAAGAGGUUGAUGGGAUGGUUCUCCGACUUUUGAAAAUGUUAAAUGCCUCAGGCGUGCCAUUUGACAGAAUCAUUAUCCAGUGUGAAAAUAGACGUUCAUGUGAUGGCUGUAAGUUCACUAUUGGGCAAUGA